UGUUCAAGUACGCACCACUUCUGUCUAUCAGUGCAAUAAACAACUGCUAGCACACACGGACGCAGAACAAACCCUUCCCGAACAAUUGCCACAAUAAAACAAAAAUAUCGCAAUUAGCUACAUCUCCACCCGAUCCUAAUGAAGGAUCUCCGGCCUGACUGACUAGGAGAUGGGAAUACUUAACAUAAUAGACCAGACUUUGCUGGUCCAGGCUAUAUUUAGCCGAAAUGCAGAGGAAGUGAAGUUUUUGUUGCACAAGAAUGAAGAAGUCAAUGCACUGGACCAAGAACGCCGUACUCCCUUACAUGCUGCUGCGUGUUUGGGCGACGUUCACAUUAUGGACCUCCUCAUUAAUUCAGGUGCUAGUGUUAAUGCUAAGGAUCAAGGCUGGCUGACACCCCUGCAUCGGGCAGCUGCCUCACGGAAUGAAAAGGCUGUGGGGCUGCUUCUGAAGCAGGAUGCGGAGGUCAAUCUGCGAGAUAAGUUUUGGCAGACGCCGUUGCAUGUAGCGGCGGCGAACCGGGCCACACGCUGCGCUGAGGCCCUAAUCCCCAAGCUGAGCAGCCUGAACGUAGCAGACCGCUCCGGCAGGACAGCUCUGCACCAUGCAGCACACAGUGGCCACGUGGAGAUGGUGAAUUUGCUCCUCAACAAAGGGGCAAACUUGAGUGCCAGCGAUAAGAAGGAGAGGCAGCCAAUCCACUGGGCCGCAUACCUCGGGCAUCUGGAGAUCGUGAAGCUACUGGUGUCGCGGAGUGCGGACGCCAUGUGCAGGGACAAGCGAGGUUAUACCCCGCUCCACGCCGCAGCUGCCAGCGGCCAGAUCGAGGUGGUCAAGUACCUGCUGCGGCUGGGGUCAGAGAUUGACGAGCCCAACACUUUUGGGAACACAGCGCUCCACAUGGCGUGCUACACAGGCCAGGAGGCGGUUGCCAACGAGCUGGUGAACCGAGGCGCCAACGUCAACCAGCCAAACCAGCGCGGCUGCACGCCGCUGCACCUGGCUGCUGUCUCCACCAACGGGGCGCUUUGCCUCGAGCUGCUAGUUAACAACGGUGCUGAUGUCAACGUGCAGAGUAAAGAAGGGAAGAGUCCUUUGCACAUGGCCGCUAUUCACGGGCGCUUCACUCGCUCCCAAAUCCUUAUCCAAAACGGUGGGGAGAUCGACUGUGUAGAUAAAUAUGGCAAUACUCCUCUUCACGUUGCUGCUAAGCACGGCCACGAGCUGCUGAUCAGCACCCUGAUGACUAAUGGUGCUGACACGGCCAGGCAAGGGAUUAAUGGGAUGUUUCCAUUGCAUUUGGCUGUGCUCUACGGGUUUUCAGACUGUUGUCGCAAGUUACUCUCUUCAGGUCAGCUGUACAGCAUUGUAUCAUCUCUGAGCAACGAGCACGUGCUGUCAGCCGGGUUUGACAUAAACACCCCAGACAGCUCGGGGAGGACCUGCCUGCACGCCGCUGCCUCUGGAGGAAACGUUGAAUGUCUUAACUUGCUGUUGAGCAGUGGUGCCGACUUGAGUAACAAGGACACAUUGGGAAGAGCUCCUUUGCACUACGCUGCGGCGAAUGGGAGCUACCAGUGCACGGUUUCCCUGGUGAGUGCUGGUGCCGAGGUGAACGAGCUGGACCAGAAGGGCUGCAGCCCCCUGCACUAUGCCGCUGCCUCGCAGACCUUCCGCCGAGUGGACAGACAUUACUCAGUUGGACACCAUAGUGAGGAGAGGGCCAAGGAGGCCUUUUUUUGUUUAGAGUAUCUGCUGGAUAAUGGGGCUGACCCAGCUCUGAGGAACACCAAGGGUUACAGCGCAGUCCACUAUGCAGCAGCCCACGGAAACAAGCAGAACCUGGAGCUGCUCUUGGAGAUGUCUUUCAACUGUCUGGGAGACGUGGAGAGCAGUGUUCCAGUUAGCCCUUUGCACUUAGCCGCGUAUAAUGGUCACUGUGAGGCUUUGGGGGUGUUGUCUGAGACGCUGGUGAGUCUGGAUGUUCGGGACGCGGGGGGGCACACCGCCCUCUACCUGGCAGCGCAGCGGGGACAUACUCAGUGCGUGGAGGUACUGCUGUCCCACGGGGCCUCCUGCAACCUCAAGGAGCGCCGCCGCAAGUGGACCCCGCUUCAUGUCGCAGCUUCCAACGGCCAAACAGACUGUCUACUCAUGCUGGUCAACCGAGGAGAGAAGGCUGACGUCAUCGAUAUUGUCGACAUACAGGGACAGACGGCUCUGAUGCUGGCAGCUCUGGGUAGUCACACUGACUGUGUCCACAUCUUGCUGGAGAAGGGAGCCGGGGCUAACACCGCUGACAAGAGAGGCCGCACUGCUCUACACAGAGCUGCGGCGAUGGGCUGUGAGGACUGUGUGUCGGCCCUGCUCGAGCACGGGGCCUCUGCUCUGUGCAGGGAGUCCCGGGGACGCACACCCCUGCACCUGGCCUCCUCCUGCGGCCACAUGGAGCUCCUGCGCAGCCUGCUGCAGGGUGCCACAAGCACCGACCCCCUGGACUCCUUGUUGGACUACAGCGGAUACACCCCCGUCCACUGGGCAGCCUACCACGGGCACGAGGACUGUUUGGAUGUUUUUCUUGACCACAAACCUUUUAGCAUACAGGAAGGAAACCCCUUCACCCCAUUGCACUGUGCUCUAAUAAAUGGCCAUGAUGGUGCUGCUGAACUACUGGUAGAGACCGUUGGAACUCAGAUGGUGAACAUCAGAGAUGCCAAAGGAAGGACCCCGUUGCACGCAGCUGCCUAUUCAGAGAGUGUGGCCGGGCUGCAGCUGGCCCUGGUUCAGGGGGCAGAGGUCAAUGCGGUGGACACCACCGGACACUCCGCGUUGAUGGUUGCCGCCAACAACGGACAGACUGCAGCCGUCGAGGUCCUGCUGCACCAGGCCAAGGCAGACCUGACCCUGCUGGAUGUCAACGACAACACCGCCCUUCACCUGGCCUGCAGCAAGGCUCAUGAGAUGUGUGCCCUGUUAAUCCUGGGAGAGAUCAGUGACCCCUCCCUCAUCAAUGCAACAAACGGUGCACUGCAAAUGCCCCUUCAUAUCGCUGCGAGGAAUGGUCUGGCUACGGUGGUGCAGGUGCUGCUCAGCCGGGGGGCAGCCGUGAUGGCUGUUGAUGAGGCGGGCCACACCCCAGCCCUGGCCUGUGCCCCUAACAAGGAUGUGGCGGACUGCCUGGCCCUGAUCCUCUCCACCAUGAAGCCUUUCCCUCCCAAAGACGCCAGCGCCGCUGCCUCCUUUGGCCUCAACCUGCUGAAGCACUGUGGCAUCGCCGCCUGCGGGCCCCUGCCCAACGGCAACCUGCGCCACACCUACGCCAAGGACCGUCAUGGCACCAUCGGCCUGGACGGCUGCUUCACCGAGUGAGAUGAACCCCCCCCCCAACCUGCUCCCCCUCAGACCGCCAUACCCUAGGUGCCCCUGUCCAGUUGUAUCUCUAACUAGCCGGAUCGCCCCUCUUUAAUCCACUAUGAUCCGGGUUACAACCCCCCCUUUCUAACACACAACAAGAGCAGGAAUAUACUUAGUUUCACGUGUUUGUGAGUUUGGAUGUGUGUGCGUGUGUCUGUCUGUUUGAAAAAAAACAAAAUCCCUAAUGGGUGUUGUCAAACCUAUAUGCAAUUAUUUGCCUCUCUCCUCUGGCAUCAUUUUCAUUGUUUAUUUGUCUGUCGUCACUAGCCUGGGCUUAGGUAAGACACCCUCUGUCCAGUGUCCAGGACAGAGCUCGUCACAGAGUCCCUCUAAAUCCUACCAGCAGUGAUGAUUUUUACCCCUUACGAUAUUAUCAUGGAUGUUUUUGUUGAAUUAACAGAUUCACAAGCAUGUGUGACAAGUUACAGAUAGUAUCAUUUUAGUUCUAAAUUAAAUGUCAAUUUUUAGUGAAUUUUUGAUAUUGCACUUCAACAACGAAUAAACUAACCUCGCAAAUCCCAGUGUAAGCGAUGACCUAGUAGAAGGAGAACGGUGCCUCCAACUUCUCCUCUGACUUCAACUGGUGCAAUAUGCAGCAUGUGUGGGUAUUUCCCGUGCUGUGCGUCUCUGAAGAGAGAGAGAGUUGAAAGCUCUGCACAGAUACCGCAUAGAUUUUAAAAUAAGCAGUUACAAGCUGGUGUCUACUCCCCUAGACAUCCGACAACAAGCACUUCCUAAUGGCUAAGGCCAUCUGAGUGACACCAUCCAACGGGUCCAGACACUGCCUGACUGGGGGUUUCUGCAUUAGCCCUGCUCUCAAGGAGUCCAUACUAAAGGAAGAAGUUGUGGUUCUUGCCUGAACCCCACUACCGCUUGUCACUGUCGUAGGCGUUUCUGGAUAUUUAAACAAUGUUGUGCCUAUGGAACACUGAGAAUUACUGAGAGAUGACCUCAUCCCCAACUAGUUUAUGCCCUCUGAUCUCCCACCUUAUCCCUGAUUAUUUGAGACUUAAAAAGAGAACAAUUCUAGUGGGACAUUUUUAAAGGAUGAAAUUAUUAUUAUUUUUUAAAAGAAAGAUGGGUUUAGCACACAUACUGAUUGCGGUAUAAGCUAUUGUUGUAUAAACACUUGUUUACACAAUGUAAACCGACGUCGCAUUUACUUGUGAAUUGUCAGUCAAAUAUGUUUGCACAACAGAGCCAUGAGAAAAUACGUGUUUUUAAUAUAGCUGCUAAAAUAUUGCUGCCUUUUCCAUGGAUUGUAUUCACGGUUUCCGUCAAUGCGGAUCUACAUGUAAUGUUUAAUUUGACUCUUUACGUUAUUUGGAAUUGGAAGCAAUAUUCAGUCACAGACAGCCUUCAAACUCUUAUAGCAUUUUUAUUUCCAUGCUGUUUGCUAUAGUGGAAAGGUUCAUGUAAUUUUCCCUUUUUUAAAAACUAUUUAUCUAUUCAUGCCAAACAGCCAUACUUGUUUGCUUCUGUAUUCUUUUGCACAUUAGUUGAAUCAAUUUAGUUGUUUGUGUUUCACUUGAUUAAGCUAUUUAUGAAGAUUGUUAGUUAAUUUGAAUUAUGUUCACUGUUGUAAUUGUUUUCAUGUGGUUGUAGCGAUUUGAAAAAAUUCAGAUUACAAAAUCUAUCAGUAUUUGACCUUACUCACACUUCCAUAAACUAAUUGGAAUUCAGGAACAUUUCAAAUCCAUGGUGUACUGUAUUAUUAAGCAUUAUCCUAUUUUGUUAAUGUGUUUUCAAUAUUACAUAAAUGUAGUUUGGCUUAGAUAAAUGUAGUUUGGCUUAAAUUGUGAAAGUAGUGGUAAUGUACCAGUAUCUUUACUCUUCACAAUAUAUGGCUAACACUGAAAACUAAAAUAUCUGCAUUACGUUAUAUAUAAGUAACUGCAUCUCGGAAGUGGUUUAAGAAGUGUCUUAGAGUAUUUUAUUUAUUUGAAUUUCAAAGAAUACCAAAAGUGAUUGAUUUCUUUUACACCCAUUUUCAAGUAUGUGUGCUCCCGUUUCUCUUUUGCGUCAACAAGAACACCAUGUAGGCAUGUCUGGUACCAAUACCUCUAUCGUGUGAUACACUGACAACCUCAUCCACCUUUCUCAGUUUAAUUGUUUUUUUUUUCUCGACAUGCCUCAGUCCUAUCAUCACUUGUGUAACCUAAUGUUACCCCUAGAAUUGUUCUCUUUGAAUGGAAUAUCGAAACCAUUUAGCACAUCUCUUUAGAUGUACAUACUAUUAUUUAUAUAAGAAGAAAACAUUGCAUCAAUUUCUGAAUCAUUUUGCAGACUGAGAUUCAUUGUCAGUUCCUGGUGCAUUUGACGAUAUGGCUGGGAAGGAACUGUUUCAAAAAAGAAUGUAGGAAAAAAAUAGAUAAACAGAGAGAAAAAACAGCUCAUCUGUUCCGUGGCCAGUACUGGUAUUCUACAAGGUAUUUCAUGUCAAAGCGUUUAAGAAAAAAACAAGAUGACGAAGUCUAUCCCUUACAUGUAGGAAUAGCAAAUGCCAAAACCAGUGUCGUCGUUGUUCCUCACAUUUAUACUAAUAUGCUGAAAAAAAUGAUUGUAUUAAGCUACCUGAACUUUUUGUGGCAUUUUACAUAAGCCUUUUUAUAUGAUGUCAGAGAAGGUUUAGUUCAAUGACGUGAGAUCACAUCGAAUAGUAAGCCAUUAAAUAAUGUUCUUAUUAUGUUCAAGGGUAACUUGCUAUGUUAGAAUUUUUUGGGUUGGUUUAAAUAUGAACUUCUCACAACUAGGUCCCAUCCAUUGUUUAUUUUAUAUCGUGUGACAUUUUAUUGACCAUAGAAUUGGUUUAGCCUAUGGUUUUGUUAGGCUGGUUAGAUGCGACAUUGAAAACAAAAAUCCCCUUUUGGAACAAGUUUCAUGUGGGACUGAAUUGUUCAAUUAGGGGUUCAAGAAAGCAUAAGUCAAGAAAGCAUAAGUCAAGAAAGCAUAAGUCAAGAAAGCAUAAGUCAAGAAAGCAUAAGUCGAGUGUGUGGAGGUUAGAAGCCUAAAAAGGAUUACAUUCAUGAUAUACCGCCAAGACUCUUUUUUAAUGUUUUUAUUUCCUCCCUAUUUAACCAUUCCGUUUACACUGUGGACAAGGAUUACCCUAGCUAGUAUUGUUCUUUUUAGGGCAAUAGAACAAUGGAAAGCAUUUUUCGAUUUUCAAUAAUGCAACAACAAACAACUCUAUUUUCACUCAGUCCUGACCCAAAGCACUUAUUUCAAGAAUAAGCACUUUUGUAUAUUUAAUAUCUCUAUAUGUAUGUGUGUGUUUACAUAGGUUACCUAUGUAGAUAUGAACUUAUAUUUAGGGAAGACGAUACCUUCAAUGGAGAGAUGAGAGUAGAUGAACUGGUGACUGAUCUUCACGAUCAUGUGUGAUGUGUGGGUGCUUGUAUGAGAGACACGGUUUAAUUGGAGGUUCGUGGUUCUCUUUGGGAUUAGCAUAAGGGAGCAGUGAAGAGUUGAGGGUCACCCCUUGGUGUGCAAACGUAUGCAGCCCAAAGUACAUUUCAAACAGAAAGUAUACUUGCACUGCCUUUCAAAAAAAAAAAAAAAAAAAGCAGGGGAUGAAACUCAAGAACAUGUUUGAUUACGUGCAGAAAUGUAAGAUAUUACGUACAUUUGCAGACGUCUCCACUGAGCCAUAUUAGUCAAUUGCUGAUUUUUUUUUUAUGCAUGUCUAAAUUAAAGCAGGUGUUUUGGUUGUUGAAUAACUGACAUUUUUGCUGCACUGUUUAACUAAGAAAAAAGUAAUAGAAAUGAUGGGGACAAUAAUGAAAAAUGAACUAAAGCAACAUCUUUACCUCUGCCUUCUCCUCGUGCAUCGAUGCAGAAGGAUUGUGUUUUAUCUUGAGCCAUUGAAGGGUAUUAUUGCAUUCAGCGGAUGGGUUAGUCUAUUGCCUAACAAUGUGGUGCAUACAGUGCCUUCAGAAAGUAUUUAUAUCCUUGACUUAUUCCACAUUUUGGUGUUACAUUUUGAAUUCAGGCUGUAUUAAAUAUGACUUUUUUCUCACCAAUCUACACACAAUGCCCCAUAAUGACAAAGUGAAAACAUUUUUAUUGACAUUUUUGCAAAUGUAUUGAAAAUAAAAUGCAGAAAUACCUAAUUUGCUUAAGUAUUCACAUACCUGACUCAAUACUUUGUUUGAAGCACCUUUGGGCAGCGAUUACAGCUGUGAGCCUCAAAGAGCUUUGCACACCGAGAUUGUGCAAAAUUUGCCCAUUUAAUAUUUUCUAAAAUUCUUAAAGCUCUUUCAAAUUGGUUGUUGAUCAAUGCCAGGCAACAAUUUUCAUGUCUUGCCAUAGAUUUUUAAGCCGAAUCAAGUCAACUGUAACACUCAGGAACACUCACUGUAUUCCUGGUAAACAACUCCAGUGUGGAUUUGGCCUUGUGUUUUAAGUAAUUGUCCUGCUGAAAAGUGAAUUAAUCUCCCAGUGUCUGGUGGAAAGCAGAUGGAACCAGGUUUUGCUCUAGGAUUUUGUCUGUGCUUUGCUCCAAUCCAUUUAUUGUGUUUAUCCUGAAACUCUCCAGUCCUUUUUUUUAACCCAUAUUUUAUUAGGUAAGUUGACUGAGAACACAUUCUCAUUUACAGCAUUGACCUGGGGAAUAGUUACAGGGGAGAGGAAUGAGCCAAUUGUAAGCUGUGGCUGAUUAGAGGGCCAUGAUGGUAUGAAGGCCAGAUUGGGAAUUUAGCCAGGACACCAGGGUUAAUACCCCUACUCUUACGAUAAGUGCCAUGGGAUCUUUAGUGACAACAGAGAGUCACGUCCCAACCGAAAUACGGCACCCUACACAGCGCAAUGUCCCCAAUCACUGCCCUGGGGCAUUGGGAUAUUUUAUUUAGAUCAGAGGAAAGGGUGCCUCCUACAGGCCUUCCAACAUCAUUUCCAGCAGCAUCUGGUCUCUCUACCAGGACCAACCCUGCUUAGCUUCAGAAGCAAGCCAGCAGUGAGAUGCAGGGUGUUAUGCUGCUGGCUUACAAGCAUACCCAUAACAUGAUGCAGCCACCACUAUGCUUGGAAAUAUGGAGAGUGGUAUUCAGUAAUGUGCUGUGUUAGAUUUGCCCCAAACAUAGCACUUUGUAUUCAGGACAAAAUGUUUUUUUUUUUUUUUUUUGCUUUCUGAAGGCACUGCCUUAUGUCUAUCAGUACAAACCCCACUCCAAUAUAAUCAUUGUGACUCUUGUAAUCACGGGAUUAUUUUAUUUCCUCUCAAGUUUUAUUUUGUCAACAGUUGGCACAGGAGCUAUCCCUCCUGUUAAUCAUGUACUCGCCAUUUUUUCUAUCAAGAUUGCCUUACAAUACCUCUCAAAUUAUGAAUCGUUGUUUUGUUACUCCAUUUGUUUUCUGAUUUGCAUUUGUCCCUUUUUGUCUUACAUCAAUACCAUAUCAAAACAGUCGUCCUUAAAAACACCCCAUGCUGUUACCUAGACCCACAAGUGCUGUAGAAAUCCCUGUUUGUCUGCCUAUGGAAAAAGGAAGUGUCUAUGGAGAUAAAAAAAGUAAAGGUCAAGUUUGACAAAUGACAAUAAUACCUUACAAUGGCUGAAAUUGCAAAAAUUGACAACUUUCUCAAAGUGCUUCAGAUUGUAGGAAUAAGUGAUAUGGGAGCUUUGGGCAAGGGGAGGAGUGAAAUGCAUAGCAUUAGGUAAUUGUAAUUUGCAUGAUGCAAGACUGAUCAAGUCAAUUUUAUUUGAGCGUGAUCGAAAACAAUAUGGCAGGGUGGCUAGUAGGGUAGAAGACGGUAAAAUUGCACAAAAGUAGUUGAGUCAGAAUACUGUAAACUGAGUUACAUGUUAAGUUGGGGGAAUAACUAUUGAAAGGAAGCAUAUUCAACAUCUUUGUUUCCUUACAUUUUUCUUUUGAGAAGAAUUCAGGGUACUUAUUGAUUUUGGGCAACUUGUAAAUUGUUGCCAUCAUAUAUGUGAGUGGAAAGAAAGACUAAGUAGGGUCAUGUUGAAAUUGGAGAAUAGGAAAAACUUUUACUUUUGACACUAUUGUCCUUCAAGUGAGAAAGCAUUCAUCUGAGAACGAACACUUAUGUCAUGCUGAUUUUAAAUAACCUCCUAAAUUAGGUGUGGAAGGGAUAAAGUUAGAAACAAAGAGGCUGUUGGUUUCUUUGGGUUAUGCCAGUGAUCCCCAUGGUGAUGCUGUCCAUAGCGUAUUCCUCUGGGAUAUCUGCCAAUGACUGUACCUCGAGGACAUCGGUGUCCUUCAUUACUUGAAAACUCAUUGGAUGAAGGCAAUAGCUAGGCAGUUACCAUUGUGUUUUUCUUUUAUUUCCAUUUAAAAUAUUAUUUUGAAUCAAGAGUACACAAACGUUUUCUCUUCUCCAAGCAUAAUUAAACUGCUGAAUUAGAUCUUUAUUUGUCAUCGGUGUACUGUUAUCAAAGAAUUCUUCAAAAUGGCUACAAUUCACAAAAAAAGUGAAUACAUUAACAUGUAAGAUGCGGUAAGUUAUUUUUAAGUGGAAUUUAACAAGACGUUAAAAGUAAUAAAUCUCAUGUUAUAGUCCGUCAUAAAUUUACAUUUGAUCACCAAAACAAACACCUCUUGAUAUGGAUGGAAUUAUGUCUUAAGUGUAGAUCCAUGAGUGAAGCUCAAUAUUAAAGGGAUACUUCGGGGUUUUGGCAAUGAGGCCCAAUGAGACUCAUAGAUUUCCAGUCAUUGCGCUAACGCUAGUUAGCAACUUCCUUCAAACUACGCAGACACAUAAAAAUGGUAUACACGAGUUCAUCUGACUGGAGAAGUAGAUAAAGGGCCUCAAAUCCCGAAGUAUCCCUUUAAGUUCUUCCAUGAUUCUAACUGCUGCAUGUCUGUCCUGUCUAUGUACACAACAUAUUUAUUUGAGAUGUUCAGAUUCUUUGAGUGUAUAUUAUGUUAAUGCUUUCAUUGUUAAUUUGUCAUUGUUGUACAACUACACUAGGUGGAAAAGAUUUCCAUGCUUAUUCAAUCAUAACUUCCAAAUGCUUGUUAAAAUGGAACAAAACUCUUGGUCCCACUUUAAAAAUAAGGUCUUGAAAUGUAGCAGUAAGAAGUGUAAUUUUGCAGAAUUUGGCACGCAUCUAACAUUAUUAUUGAGAGACAAUUGACAUUUGUUCCAUUUUCAUGUGGGAUUGCCCAUACCCCUGUAUAUCGCGGCACAUAUACUUUAGGUCAUGGAGAAAAUAAAUAAAAACAAACACAAUAAACUGGUUAUAGAAUUUAACAAUUAUAUAUUGACUCCAGACUUCUGGCCUUUUCUUUUUACAGAGACUGUAAUUUUUUUGUUGGCACGCAUGUAGCUAGUGUUCUUUUCUGCAUUAUAGUCCUCAUAGGUGGUGUGGCCUGUUGUACUGUCAAAGUUUGUUUGGUCCUGAAUUAACUAGAGGGAACUGGUUGAAUACUUUUCUCUCUUGUGCCUCUGUAGUUAAGGCUUAGCAACAUAUACCUAUGAUCAAAACAAAGCAUACUGAUCCUUGGAUUCACUUUAUUCAACCCAGUAGUUGGCUGCUUUGAAAAACUUCAGGGACAAAAUGUCGACACACCAAUUGCUUUUAUUUUGUCCGUUUUCUCUUCCUCUUUAAGGGCAGUUACUGAGUUGACCUCUCAUGACGAAAAUACUAUGUAAGAGUAACGUUACUCUUUAAAGGGAUGCAAUGUUUUUGUCUUAGUGGAGAGUAAUGUCGACACCUUCUAUUGUGUGACUUCAUGUAUUACUUGAUUAGCCAUAAUCAGACAUCGAACAGCUUACCUCAAUGUUAUAUCUUGCAAUGAUUUUUAUCCAAGCCAGUGCAUUUUGUUAAUGUAUUGAACCUCAUUGGAGAGUAAAUGUUAUCUGAUACAUAUUAUACAACAUGAAAACAUUUAACUUUUUUCUCUUUGAUUUGAUGGUUCCUUCAUGACUUGACUGCUUCUUGACAACUACCCAUAGGAUAGACAAUGCAAAUAGGUGAAUAAGGAUAUUAAAUGGCAGCGUAGCCUAGUGGUUAGAGCGUUGGACUAGUAACCGGAAGGUUGCGAGUUCAAACCCCCGAGCUGACAAGGUACAAAUCUGUCGUUCUGCCCCUGAACAGGCAAUUAACCCACUGUUCCCAGGCCGUCAUUGAAAAUAAGAAUGUGUUCUUAACUGACUUGCCUGGUUAAAUAAAGGUAAAUAAAUAAAUAAAUAAAAAAUGUUUCCAUUAAAGGAAUGCCUUAGUAGGCAAAAGAGAGAUGUCUCAGAACGGAACUGGUUUUAGAUCCAUCAUAAAGUACCUUAUUUAUGAGAGUUGUGUUCAUUCUUAUACUGUAUGUCACAUGGCUGCUCAAAAUUAUGGGGUUGGAAUCUAUUUUGAUGUCGUAGAAAAUUGAAGAUGGUUAAAGAAUAUUAUUUGAACUUGUAAACGGCAAAACUCAGAUCCUCUAUUACUGUCAAUACAAUCCUGACUGACACUUUGUCCUGAUACAAACAGGUAUACUCAACUGUGUCAUUAGAAAACAAUUGAGCAAAUAGUGAAGUCUGAUUUUUAUAUUUUAUGCAUCACGAAAUUGGUCUUCCAUUCAUGCCAACUGAAAGCCUUAUUGUUGAUAAAAGUUGAGGUCGCACAACUACUCACAAUUACAGACGGGGUGAAGUCAGUGAGCCAUUGUUCAUUCAUAAUACAAAACAUGAUGCUAUGCUAUAGUGCUUCCCAAUCUCAUCAUCGAUGUGGUCCACUGUGGUUUGAAUCCUGGAGAAAUUGUUAAUUGGCUGGAUACAUUUUUCUAAGCACAAAUCCAAAGAAACACUCGUGCUGUUGUCAUAAAUCCAAACACCUGGAUGUACAACUUGACUAGUUUAUUUAUCUCUUGUUUGAUUCUUGCCUUAGUCUUGCUUGGCUUGCCAUAUUUUUCAAUGAACAGCCUUUCUUAAGGGACCUGAAAAACCACACAGUGAAAUAGUUUUGGAUCACUGUAGUGAUAAUACUGAAGUUGUAGUGUGAAUUCAUAACAAAAGCAAUAUUGGCAAGUGCACUUUGUUGGAUGUUCUAAGCACAUCACUAAAAAUGCACUGCAGACAGUAGUGUGUAGAGAUUGUUGAUUUACUUACUCAACUAAAUGGUAUUGAAAUCAACAUGGUGAAUUAUUAUAAAGCUGAGAGAGAGAUUUAAUAUUUGACAUUUGUAGUACCAUUUUAGCAGUGUAUAUGUUGAUUUGAUCGGGAUGUAGUUUUAGUUGGUGUCUGUACAACCCCUUCUAACCGUAUUUCAAGUAUUUAAAGGCAAAAAAGAACACACUUAAGAUAAUCAAGACUUAAAAGUUGUAGCUUAAACAUUUUAAUAGCUAGUUUGUAUGCAACCCCUUUAUUUGGGCAUCUAUGUUUGUGUUUUAUAUAAAUUGUUCUCUGUAUUGCGAUAUAUGUAAUCUUCAAGGUAACAUCAAGACACUGGGUUCGGUUGAGGUGGUGGUAGAAGAUUGUAUUUUGUGGACAAGAAAGACAAUGGAUUGCUAUGCCAUAGAACUUAAGGAUGUAGUGAUUACUUUUAUAGUACAGUGAGUAUGAUGAUGUCAUGUCUUAUUAGUGAGUAUGAUGUCAUGAAUGUGAGUGUGAGAUGGCAAUAUGAACUGCUAUCAGCAAAAGGGCAAGGAAAAAGUGUGUCUUCGUUGAUGGCUAUUGUACUACUUUACACACUUUCCCGGUUUACAAAUACCGUAAAGAAUAUUGUUAUUUUGUUUCUAAUUGGUAACACAAAGUACAUUCCCUUUGAAACACAAGUGAUGUUUGUAAGAUUCUGGUGCUAUGGUCUGUAAUAGUUUUUGGUUUGAGUCCAUAAAUGUUAUUAUUUUAAUUUGAGCACAUUUGAAGAUUAUAAUAUGUAAGGUUAGGCCUACUGGUUUCUGGUACAGUAUCCUACGUAGUAUGUGUGGUAGCCUAAUAUGCAUUAACUGACCCUUUGAAUAAAAUGUAAAACUCUAGUGUAAUUGAAAGCUUGAGGUUUGGUGGUUGGCUGUGUCCUUUGCCUUAACAGCCCCCCUUUUUUAUUUUGGUUCUGGAUAUAUUAAGCUCUUAUUCAGGAGGGCAGAGGCAUCUUGUUUUGAUUCAGUCAUUGGACAUUGCUUUGUAUGAUGCGGGGAUUUGUUUACUCCAUAGACCAGCCAGGCAAAAUAUAACAGGCCAUGUCUACGGGCUAUGACCUUGAAUUAUUAUGUGCUUUGAUUGGCUAGCAGUGUCCUGUCCAUAUUGCUUCUGCUAGAAUUUCAUUGGCUCCUUGUUUCGCUGCAAUUCUUUUCACCAUCUCGGAAGUUGCGGGUUAAAGUUAUGAAUUGGUCAAGAAUUUCAUGUCAGGGACAAGUGGUUAAAAAAAUGUCAUAUCUGGUUGUGGUCCUUAGAAUGGAUGGGAUAUGCCAAGCCAAUGUUUAGGACAGCAUGUUAACCUCUCCUGUGACUUCAGUGUGAACUGUAGGUGAUCAUGAAAGUGUUUAUUGUGCUUCAUUUAGGCCUAAUUAUAAAUUCAGGUGGUGCAAUGUGAGCAAGUGAAAAUGCAUAAAAUUAUUUUUCUGGCCUUUUAUCAACUUUUCACUCUUUUCUCUUGCACCUUAGGCUCUGUUUUGAAGUAAGUUACGGCUACUGCUGCCUGGUGGAGAGUUUGAGCAUGCCUGCAUUCAGUAUUGUGUAUUUUCUAGAGCCUUCAGUUGCUUACAGCAACAACAACAAAAAAUCUUAUAGGUUUUACUAGCAUGACAUUGUGCGAUAUUAAAAUCAUAUUACCUCAGAAAAUAUAUCAAUUACAAUUUAAGGAAUUGAAAUGGGGAAAAACGGUCUCUCAUCCAAAAUGGAAUCUCAUUGGCAAGAUACAAAGUCCAUGCUAUUCUGAAAGUAAAGAUUACAUUUGCUACUAAUGUAAUUGGUAUGAUCAUGUUUUGCCUACCUCCUUGAUGCACAACUCAUCUUUGUCUUCUUAGCUCAUAACCACCUAUACUUGUGUCUCAAAAAUAUGAACGCAUAUUAAUCACUUUUAAUCUAAAAGACAAAUCGUGUGUGUGUGUGUGUGUGUGUGUGUGUGUGUGUGUGUGUGUGUGUGUGUGUACGAGCAUGUAAAAUGAAAGGGAAAAAUAAUAUAUCACAACAGCCACUGGAAUGUGAAGCCAAACUGUAUUAUGAUCAGAAUGAAAUCUCUUUAAGGUCUGUUGUAGCAUACACGUGAACCUUGUCUGUUGGUACAUGUUUGCUAUCCUUCAGAUACUUGUCGCAACAAGGUACUUUAUGAUUGCUUUUAUUUAACCCCCUGAAAGUAUCCUUUAACCACCAGUAAUCAUCCGGGUUUUUACUGUACGUUUGUAAGUUGAGCCAUAUGUCUAAACAUCAAGUUUACAGUUGUAACUGUGUGAAACUACGAGAGAUUGGGAGAAUGUGUGUGCAUCUAACUUCAUUACAAAAGCAACAAAUAACUAAGGCUCUUACUGAAGUCUGAUUAUGAAUGUGGUGUUUACGUGUGAAGGUAAAUGUUAUCGUAUCCAGCCUUAAGCAUUCAAAAUAAAAUAAAUGAAUCAUUUGUCAUACUACCCCCCCCCAGACCUGUGAGAUUUUGACUGAAGCAGAGGAAUGUGCGAUGCAGCAUUAGGGGUUAAGAGAUGCCCUAAAAGAGACAUACAACCCCCCUCCCACCCCUGAGCAAAUAUCCAACUGUCAUGAUAAUGCAAUCCUUGAAAGCACUUUGCCUUGGUAUAUCAUUAAGUGUGCUAGUGAAUGGUUAUUUGUUACAAAAAUUACAUGCAUAAUGAUUUGAGUGAAUCAAACAACGUAAUCUGCAUUGACCUUUGACAUUACAGGAGAAACUUAACAAACCAAGGCAUUGAAACCUUAUCAAUUUUAUACAAUGUAUGCCGCAGCCUAUGAGUCUUGUCAUUCAGUGUUGUGGCUUAGGAUUGGUUGUUUAAAUAAAGUGUUAUUGCUUAAUA